AUGGGAAAUUCAACAGAACAAUGGAGAAUGGCCAUAGGGACUUUCUGUGGAGGCAAGAACAAUCAGACAUUCCAUUCAUCACUCGUCAAAUCUCUAAGACAACUAGCAUUGAGACUUAAGCUCAUAAAACUGUUGCUGGUGAGAGCAGGAGUAGAGCGGAACCCGGGUCCACCAACCAAUGAUAAAUCAGAGGUAACAAAAGAAAUGUAUGAACUUGGUUGCAAAAUAAAAGCAUGUGACCAACAAACUGAAUUGAAAGAACAGGCAGACCUGAUGUGCCAACUUGGACAAGAGUAUAUCAAAUCAGCAGAGACAUCUGAUAUCUGGUAUGAACACUACGUUUGGUCCUGUGCAUUAUAUAAUGCAGCCAAAUGUCGAAUUAAGAAAUUGAUUAGAAAACAAACUGAUGGCAUAAACACAGCUCUUAAAGAUGACUUGGACCACACUGACAAACAACUCCAGCUUAUAGAAAGUAACUUUGUGAAGAAGUGCCGAGCUGCAAAUCAUAGCGAACUAUCUACAGAGGCUGCAACACAGAAGUAUACAGACACACUUGAAAAUAUACGAGAGUACUCAAACACCACCGUAAAUGACAUCAUUGAAAAGUACAUGGUUGUUGAUGAUGUCACCACAGAGAUGAAAGACGAAGAUGAAGACAACACAAUAAAAUACAGCAAGGUGUUUUAUAAUGGACUUACACGACAGCUUUUAGAUUUUUAUAAGUCUAUUAUCAAUGAUUGUAUUUCUGUUUUAGGACAUCCCCUUUGUAAGUUUGCAUUCUUAGCACUGGGCUCCCUAUCCCGAAAAGAGGUCACUGCUUAUUCAGAUAUUGAGUGGGCAAUACUGUUUGAUCCCUUAGAUAAACCAGUUGAUCAAAUCAAAAUGCAAUUGCGUAUGAUAGCAUAUUAUAUCCAUUUGAAGGUUAUCAAUCUCGGGGAAACCAUUUUAAACAACUUAGACAUACCUGUUAUAUCAGACCUCAAUAAUUAUCUUCCACCUGACAUGAAAGACAAUGACUAUUGGGACAACAUUACAACAAGAGGAGUUUCAUUUGAUGGGACACACCCUUCUGCUAGCAAGACAGCAAUUGGUAGGAAAUCAAGAAAAGAUUCAAAUAAACCUCCCAGACUUGAACUCAUCAUGACUGUUGAUGAGAUGAGCAAGUUUCAGUUCACAGAUGAAUCAAUCAAAGAGGGUUACCACCUUAGUGACGUUCUCAUGACAUCAACUCUCAUAACAGGGGAAUUUGCCUUAUGGAAAGAAUACAAUGACAAAGUACAUUCCAUAUUAUUAUCACCAUCUACAACUAAUCCAGACAUUACUAUAGGUAGAGAAAGGGCAGUUAGAACACUAAAGAAAGAUUUAGAAAAAUACAGUAAAAAUCCUUUGUCAUCAGAAUCAUUCACUCAGAAAAUCCAUACAAAGCAUGACAUAUACAGAUUUGCUACAAUCACUAUAAAUAUUCUGAAACUCAAGCAUGGUUGUACAUCAUUUGCUCCUCUUGAUGUGUUAGAGGAAUUGAGAGGGAAAGGUAUUCUAACCGAAGGAGCAGCAAAAGAUCUACAAAUCAUGGUUUGUAGUGUAAUAAAUCUUAGACACAUGGUCUAUGGAAGGUAUAAGCAACAGAAGGAAUUCAUAUCAUUCUUACCAAGUGACUCUCAAGAUGAUGAAACAACAGAAGUGAUGCCCGUCAGAAGUUUUACAGCCAUUUUACGAUUUUUUAACACAUUCAUGCCCUGGUGUGAAUUCCUCAAAUCAAACUUGAAUGUAAGUGGUGCCUGGGCAUAUAGCAAGAGAUAUCUUGGAAACAAUGAAGUGAAAGCGCAAUUAUACGAGAACACUUUUUUCUUCAAGAGGGCAAUGCAUGCUUAUCAAACAGAGUUAAAAACACUUCAAACCCUAGAUGCAGGAGAGCAAGAGUGGGAAAUAGCUUUUAUAAAGACAGCAAUAGGUUCACUGUAUAUGUCACAAGGGAAUUACUCAGAUGCACUCUUAUAUUAUAAUGAAAGUCUGAAAAUAAGCAGAAAAAUCAAUAAUGAAAGUGGGGUAUCUAAAUCACUUAGCAAUUUAGGUUGUGUGUAUAAUAAAAUGGAAGAUCUGACUAAAGCACUUGAAUAUCAUCAAGAAAGUCUAACAAUGAAAAGACUAAUACACAAAGACAGUCCUCACCCAGAUGUUGCUUCAUCACUUAACAACAUUGGUCUUACGUAUAAUGGCAUGGGAAAUCUGACUAAAGCACUUGAAUAUCAUCAAGAAAGUCUAACAAUGGAAAGACUAAUACACAAAGACAGCCCCCACCCAGGUGUUGCUUCAUCACUUAACAACAUAGGUAGUGUGUAUAAUAAGAUGGGAGAUCUGACUAAAGCACUUGAAUAUUAUCAAGAAAGCCUGACAAUGUUUAGACUAAUACACAAAGACAGUCUCCACCCAGAUGUUGCUUGCGCACUUAACAACAUAGGUAGUGUGUAUAAUAACAUGGGAGAACUGACUAAAGCACUUGAAUAUCAUCAAGAAAGUCUGACAAUGUUGAGACUAAUACACAAAGACAGUCUCCACCCAGAUGUUGCCUCAUUAUUUAAUAACAUAGGUAAUGUGUAUAUUGACAUGGGAGAUCUGACUAAAGCACUUGCAUAUCAUCAAGAAAGUCUGACAAUGAAAAGACUAAUACACAAAGACAGUCCCCACCCAGAUGUUGCUUCAUCACUUAACAACAUAGGUAAUGUGUAUAAUAAGAUGGGAGAUCUGACUAAAGCACUUGAAUGUCAUCAAGAAAGUAUGACAAUGAAAAGACUAAUACACAAAGAGAGUCCCCACCCAGAUGUUGCUUCAUCACUUAACAACAUAGCUUGUGUGUAUAAAGACUUGGGAGAUCUGACUAAAGCACUUGAAUGUCAUCAAGAAAGUCUGAAAAUGAAAAGACUAAUACACAAAGACAGUCCCCACCCAGAUGUUGCUUCAUCACUUAACAACAUAGGUAAUAUGUAUAAUGUCAUUGGAGAUCUGACUAAAGCGCUUGAGUAUAAUCAAGAAAGUCUGACAAUGAUAAGACUAAUACACAAAGACAGUCCCCACCCAGAUGUUGCUGGCGCACUUAACAACAUAGGUAGUGUGUAUAAUAACAUGGGAGAUCUGACUAAAGCACUUGAAUGUCAUCAAGAAAGUCUGACAAUGUUAAGAGUAAUACACAAAGACAGUCCCCAUUCAAAUGUUGCUGCAUCACUUAACAACAUAGGUCGUGUGUAUAAAGACAUGGGAGAACUGACUAAAGCACAUGAAUAUCAUCAAGAGAGUCUGACAAUGUUACGACUAAUACACAAAGACAGUCCCCACCCAGAUGUUGCUGCAUCACUUAACAACAUAGGUCGUGUGUAUAAAAUCAUGGGAGAACUGACUAAAGCACAUGAAUAUCAUCAAGAAAGUCUGACAAUGAUAAGACUAAUACACAAAGACAGUCCCCACCCAGAUGUUGCUGGCGCACUUAACAACAUAGGUAGUGUGUAUAAUAACAUGGGAGAUCUGACUAAAGCACUUGAAUGUCAUCAAGAAAGUCUGACAAUGUUAAGAGUAAUACACAAAGACAGUCCCCACCCAAAUGUUGCUGCAUCACUUAACAACAUAGGUCGUGUGUAUAAAGACAUGGGAGAACUGACUAAAGCACAUGAAUAUCAUCAAGAAAGUCUGACAAUGAUAAGACUAAUACACAAAGACAGUCCCCACCCAGAUGUUGCUGGCGCACUUAACAACAUAGGUAGUGUGUAUAAUAACAUGGGAGAUCUGACUAAAGCACUUGAAUGUCAUCAAGAAAGUCUGACAAUGUUAAGAGUAAUACACAAAGACAGUCCCCACCCAAAUGUUGCUGCAUCACUUAACAACAUAGGUCGUGUGUAUAAAGACAUGGGAGAACUGACCAAAACACUUGAAUAUUAUCAAGAGAGACUGACAAUGAUAAGACUAAUACACAAAGACAGUCCCCACCCAGAUGUUGCUGGCGCACUUAACAACAUAGGUAGUGUGUAUAAUAACAUGGGAGAUCUGACUAAAGCACUUGAAUGUCAUCAAGAAAGUCUGACAAUGUUACGACUAAUACACAAAGACAGUCCCCACCCAGAUGUUGCUACAACACUUAACAACAUAGGUCUUGUGUGUAAUAAGAUGGGAGAUCUGACUAAAGCACUUGAACAUCAUCAAGAUAGUUUGACAAUGAGAAGACUUAUACACAAACACAGUCCCCACCCAGAUGUUGCUACAACACUUCACAACAUAGGUCAUGUGUAUAAUAACAUGGGAGAACUGACUAAAGCACUGGAAUAUCAUCAAGAUAGUCUUACAUUGAGAAGACUAAUACACAAACACAGUCCCCAUCCAGAUGUUGCUGCAUCACUUAACAACAUAGGCCAUGUGUAUAAAAAGAUGGUAGAACUGACUAAAGCACUGGAAUAUCAUCAAGAUAGUUUGACAAUGUUAAGACUAAUACACAAAGACAGUCCCCACCCAGAUGUUGCUACAACACUUCACAACAUAGGUCAUGUGUAUAAUAACAUGGGAGAACUGACUAAAGCUCUGGAAUAUCAUCAAGAUAGUCUUACAUUGAGAAGACUAAUACACAAACACAGUCCCCAUCCAGAUGUUGCUGAAUCACUUAACAACAUAGGCCAUGUGUAUAAAAAGAUGGGAGAUCUCACCAAAACACUUGAAUAUUAUCAAGAGAGACUGACAAUGUUACGACUAAUACACAAAGACAGUCCCCACCCAGAUGUUACUUCAUCACUUAACAACAUAGGUCUUGUAUAUAUAUUCACGGGAGAUCUGACAAAAGCACUUGAAUAUCAUCAAGAGAGACUGGCAAUGUUACGACUAAUACACAAAGACAGCCCCCACCCAGAUGUUGCUACAACACAUAACAACAUAGGUCAUGUGUAUAAUAAAAUGGGAGAACUGACUAAAGCACUGGAAUAUCAUCAAGAAAGUCUGAUAAUGAAAAGACUAAUCUACAAAGACAAUCCUCACCCAAGUGUAGCUAAAUCAUUGCUAAACAUAGGUAUCACACAUGAGAACUUGAAGGAGCAUACAGAAGCACUGACUUAUUACUUUGAAUCUCUGAACAUUGCUCAUCAGUAUGGAGGAGAUUCACACCCUGAUUACACAAGAGCAUUAAAAUUGUUUGAUGAGUGCAAGAAUAAAUUAAAAUCGACUGAGGAAUGUAAAUUUAAAUCCUGUUGCACUCUAAUGUGA